GUACUAUAGUUUUACAACUAAGCAAAAUAGUAUCGGGCCAGGCGGCCAGACGUAUGUUGAAGAAUCUAUCCGUGUUACAGAUAUUUUCUUUGAAAUUACAUUAACAAUAAUGGAGAACCACAAAUGGUGAAAUAGGAGUGAGGAGUGAGGAGAGUCUGCGAGCAUUCAAGCUUUCUCUGCAUGAUUGGGUGUGACGACAGUGACGUCAUGGAUGCAUGUGACGUAGUGGUGAUGUCGUGUCAAGUAAUAUAGGUGCAUGUCAGGAGAGGAAACACAGAAGCCAACUUUCUAACUCCAAUCUUGGUUAUCGCCGUUCUUCACUACACCCGCCACACUAGCUACCAUGGCAGCCGGCCACGUCGCCAUUGUCCCAAGUCCAGGUUUAGGCCACCUCAUUCCGCUCACCGAGCUGGCCAAACGACUCUUCGUCCACCACAACUUCACCGUCACCUUCUUCAUCCCCAACGACGGCACGAACCUGACUCUGCAAAAGAAAAUCCUGGAAGCUUUGCCGGAGACCAUAUCCUCCACCUUCCUCCCUCCCAUCAACUUAGACGACGUCCCACCAGAAUCGAUGAUCGAAACCAACAUCGCUCUCACCUUGACUCGGUCACUCUCCGCUAUCCGCGACUCAGCUAAGGCCCUAGCCAAGUCGACUCGGCUGGUGGCGCUUGUUGUUGAUGUCUUUGGUCUUGAGGCCUUUGAUGUGGCCAAUGAGCUCAAUUUGCUGCCCUAUCUUUUCUUUCCUUCUACGGCGAUGGGUUUGUGGCUUGUGUUUGAGUUGCCAAAGCUUGACGAGACUACUACUUGUGAGUACAGGGAUCUGCCUGAACCGGUCCGGCUUCCGGGUUGUGUGCUGCUACAUGGCAGAGAUUUUGUAGAAAUUCUGAAAGAUAGGAGCAAUGUGGCGUAUAAAGCUUUUCUUCGCAUCGGCAAGAGGUACAAGUCCGCAGCUGGGAUCAUGAUCAAUAGCUUUGCGGAUGUGGAACCGGGUGCUUUCAAGGCUUUCAAGGAACACAGACAAAGUCAUGGUCUUCCACCGGUUUACCCCAUCGGACCGGUGAUAAAAACCGGUUCGGCUUCCGGAUUGGGUGAGAAUGAGUGCUUGAGCUGGUUGGAUGAUCAGCCAAUUGGGUCGGUGUUGUUUGUUUCGUUUGGAAGCUGUGGAACCCUCACAAGCGAGCAGAUGAAUGAGUUGGCUUUAGGGCUUGAAAUGAGUGGUGUGAGAUUUCUUUGGGUUACUAGGAGUCCAAAUGAGACAUCAAAAGAUGCAGCUUUCUUUGGUGUUCAAAGUUCGACCGAUCCUUUAAGUUUUCUACCCCAAGGUUUUUGCGAGAGAACCAAAGAGGUAGGUUUAGUUGUUACUUCUUGGGCUCCUCAGGUCCAAAUUCUAAGCCAUGGGUCGACGGGCGGGUUUUUGACCCAUUGCGGGUGGAACUCAACCGUAGAGAGCAUUGUGCAUGGUGUGCCUUUGAUUGCUUGGCCACUCUAUGCCGAACAGAAGAUGAAUUCUGUGUUACUUGCUGAAGAUUUGAAGGUCGCAUGGAGGGUCAAGGUGAACGAUAAGGGUAUAGUGGAGCGUGAAGAAAUUGCUAAGUACGCAAAGGAUCUAAUUGAAGGAGACGAAGGGAAAUUGCUCAAGAAGAAGAUGAUAGAGCUGAAAGAGGCAUCCCAAGUGGCUUUGAGCCAAGAUGGUUCGUCUACAAAAUCACUUGCAGAGGUUGCUCAGAUAUGGAAAGGCCACAAGAACUAACAUAUGUGGGCUUUUUGGUUAUUUUAUAAAUAAAAAAUAUUUUUGUUGCUUAGUACCAUUUGGUUAAGUGACAUAACUAUUUAUAUGUGAAAAGUUCUGAGUCUGACUCACGUAUUAGAGGUUAUAUAAAUUGUUUUUUUUUUUUUAAUGUUUUUACUCAAUAAUAUAGUUGUUGUUUAAGGAUAUCUCUAUUUGUGUUUGGCCCAAACUCUAGGUUACUUGACCUAGUGGUAAUAGGGUUGAAUUAGAAGGAUCUAGAUUCCUAUUCAAUGUAUGAUUACUUUCCUUGUAUGAUUCAGACUCUAUGCAUUGUAAUCCUCUAUAUAAAGAGGCCCCUAUUAUCAAUGAGAAUACACAGCAAAUUCCUCUCAA